UUCCAGCCUUAUCAUUGGCUUCCGCAAACCAACGUCUGCAACAUGACAUCUGACGGACUGCUGGAUGACGAGGACGUACACUACUGCAUCCUGCACAUGGAUAUUCUAAUCGUCAUGUUGUCGACAUGGCUUGCUUGUACUUUUGAAAAGACUCGAGUUGCGACUUGCUGCAAGUGGAAGGGGAGAGGGAUGUGCAAGUGUUCGGGAACCAAAACUUACCUGAGGGAACUACUUCCACCUCAAACGCCUCACCCGGCAGAUGCUUUUGACACUCCUUCGAAGCUCUCGGCAGCUCGCAUGAUUGAUCGAUCAUUGAACGCGAAUCUCGCGGAAUCGGACCAUCCAGGAAUCGAAUGUAUUCCUUUGAUAUGCCGCCCAUUUGAAUAUCAUGCCGUCCUUGCCGACGGCAAUUGAACGAACGACGAGAAGGAUGCCAGACAACAACGGCAUUGAGCUUCUGCCGCGCGCUUCCUUAAGCACGUGGG